GUCCUCUGCCCACAGCGAGUGCUCAAUCCUCGACCCACGUUGCCACAGCCAUGUCCGCCCCCGCCCCCGCCGCUUCCAUCCCCACCCCUCCUGCGCCCGUCGCCGCGCCCAUCCCCAGCGAGGACCAGAUCGCGAGGAAGUUUGACAACUGCGUUGCCGACCUCCUUGUGAACGCUGGCCUCGGUUUCGGCGUCGGUGUAGUUGCCUCUGUCCUUCUCUUCCGACGACGAGGCUGGCCCGUUGCUCUCUCCACCGGCUUUGGUGCCGGUGUCGCCUACUCAAAUUGCAACUACUCUCUCAACCCCUACGUUCUCCCCGGUACCAAGGUCCUCCCUUCUAACCGACCAUAAGCAACGCCCACGUAGCAGGAGAUGCAGUAUAUCUAGGAAGAGAAAAAAAAAAGUUAAACUAGAGGAUUGCCGUGGUAGAUCUCCUACCUUUGUCUGAUG